AAUAUUAUCACGAUGUAGAGAAGAAUAUAUCUUGAAAUCUUCUCAACAUCUUGAAUAAUAUUGUAAUAUUAUAUUAUGCGAACACUGAACUAUAACAGAACACAGACUUAUUUUUAAGUUUUAAGUUUUUAAUAUUUUUAACAUUUUCUGCGGUGGUUGCACAGCUGCUUCUCGACAUAUUCUUUAAAUUAUUAACAGAAAACAAAUUCGUUCCGAGUUUGAUAUUUAAAACAUUUUAUGAUCGUUCUUAGUAUUCCAGUAUGAAUUUAAUAGUAAAGAAAACAAACAUUUCAAACUCUUUCUUCAUUUCCAGGUUGUUAACCCAAAAUCAUGUAAAAGAAACAGUAAAUGCUCAUGAAGUAGAACAUCAUUCCAACAUGAAAGAUUAUUGGUGGAAUAGUAAUGGACCAUUAAAUGCAUUACACUCUUUUAAUCCAUUAAGAGUUUCAUUUAUAAUUAAUGGGUUAGCAAAUAUGAAAAAAAUUGAAACAAAAAACAUUGGCACUCGUCAAAGUUUAGAAAAUAUAAAAAUACUCGAUGUUGGUUGCGGUGGUGGACUUUUAACUGAGGCAUUAUCACGUCUUGAUGGUAAUGUGACUGGAAUUGAUCCCAGUAAAGAACUAAUUACAAUUGCCAAUGAUCAUUCUGUGAUUCUUAGAAACAAAAAUAUUAAAUAUUUCAAUGAAUCAAUUGAAGAGCAUGCACUAUCAAAUUCAGAAUCAUAUGAUGCAAUUGUAACUUCAGAAGUUUUGGAACACGUAUCCAAUAAAUAUGGCUUUCUAACUAAAUGUGUUGAUUGUUUAAAGCCUGGAGGAUCUUUAUUUGUAACAACUCCAAAUAGAACAAUUUGUUCAUGGUUGAAUGAUAUAUUGAUAGGAGAAACAUUUAAUUUCAUACCAAAAGGUACUCAUGAAUGGGAAAAAUUCAUAUGUCCUCAUGAAUUGCAGUCAAUUUUAGAAAUUAAUUGUAAAUGUGAUACUAUUUCAAUUAAUGGACUGUCAUAUGAUCCUUUUACAAACCGAUGGAGUUGGACUGACUCGACUAAUUUAUCUUAUGCCAUACAUGCAGUGAAAAGUACAUAGUUAGUAGUUACCAGUUACCAUUAACCAUUACUUCUUAUCAACUAUUAUAUUAUAUUAUUAUGAUGUAUUAAUAUUUGUAUAAAUAUAUUUUUUAUGAUUAGAGUUCAAUCAAGUUAUAAUUUAUAAUAAUCAUUUGAAAUUCAGUUUAUACUUUUUUUUUAAUAUUAGAUGUGCUAGUGUUUUUUUACCAUUAUCUAAACAAUAUAACACAUGCGCAUUAUUA